AAAUAUAGUCUACUAAACUGACGAAUAAAAUGGAUUUUGUUCAAUUUUUUUGGUUUCCUAAUGCUUUAUAUCGCAUAGUGGGUUAUGAUUUUCAACAAUUGCCACGAGCAAAUUGGCGACAGGCUUUAAUGAAAGCAUUUCUUAUAUUUACGACAAUAAGUGGUAUAUGCACGCGCAUCUAUAUGCUAUUCCAAUUGCGUGAACUGAUUUUAAGUGGUGACAUUUUGAAUAGCUUUCGUUUAGGUGUAUAUAUAUCUUAUGCUAUUGAUUCAAAUGUGAAAUUUUUUGUAUUUCUUCUGAAUGCAAAACGUCUUCGUGUAAUUUACCAAUCUCUGUCUAAUGAGUACCCAAUGACGUCUAUUGAACAAAAAUUAUAUCAAGUGGAUAAAUACAGCUUUAAACGUGCCCGUAUAAUGAUUGUUUCUUAUCUAACGGUAACUAAUUCGAUACUUAUUGGGCCAAUGCUCCAGUCAAUUUUCAUGUACAUAAUAGAUUUAUUUCGUUACGGUUAUGCUGCAGCAGCAUUUUCAUAUUUGCAUCCAACACCAAUGUCAUAUAACUUUAACUAUUGUACGCCGCAUUAUUACAUUCUCAUCUAUAUUUCGGAAUACUUAAACGGGCAUUUUUGUACAACAACAAAUUUGGGAACGGAUUUAUAUGUGUGCACUUUUGCGGGACAAUUUUGUAUGCAGCUGGAAUAUUUGGGAUCCUCACUGGAAGCUUAUGAGCCUAGCAUGGAUAACUCAAAGGCAGAUUGUGAAUUUUUGAUGGAAUGGAUAAGAAAGCAUCAGUUAAUGUUGGACCUUUGUAGCGAACUAAAUGAAGUUUUUGGAACAACUCUAUUAUUUAAAUUAAUAUCAAAUUGUGCCGUAUUUUGCAUAAUUGUUGUGCAACUGAAGUUGGAGGGCUUUGGUUUCGGAUUCUUAAAUUUUCUCAGCUUCUUUUUCGUUACUGUUGCCCAAUUCUUUAUGGUAUGUCAAUAUGGACAGAAGCUGAUUACCAUUAGUGAAAACUUAGCACUAUGUGCAUACAAAAACCGUUGGUAUAAUGGCUCGCAAACAUACAAAACCUUAUUAUUUAACAUAAUUGCGCGUGCGCAGAAACCAGCCCGGCUGACCGCAAAAGGAUUUCAACCUAUAUCGCUGGCGACCUUUCAAAUUGUAAUGACGAUGACCUAUCGCGUAUUCGCGGUGCUGCAACGUGCUUUGGAUUAGUAUAAUUAAUAUUUUAUUGUUUAUAAAAAAUAUUUUGAUAAUUCAUCUUGUACGCAAUAUAUACAUAGUAGGUAUACAAAGCUAAAUAAAGAUUCUAACUACGAUACCUUCAUAACGAAAAUGAUAGUGCGAAGUUCGAACCUAAAAUGAAAAGCAAAGUAACAUAAAAAUUCGAAAUCCAGUUUUUGAUAUAUUACGAAACACUACAUCGUACUACCUACAUGUACACAACUUUAAGCUUCAAAUUAUAGCUGAAAUUAAAGUUUUAUUUCAAUAUGUGUUUUAUAUAUAAAUUUUUUUAUUCUAUUAAACUUAUGAAAAAUGGUUUUAGUUUGCAUCUCAGGAGACGAUAUACCCAAAUGGUAACUAUUAAAUGCGUGUGAAAUGUUUGGAGGUAUGUGCAAAACUAUAUUAAAAAAUUAAAUUGUUUAGUAAUUAUACAUUCGUUAUAAUGUAAGGGUGCCUGUACAUUUAAUAAAGUCAACCAGAAUAAUGGAAAUUAGCAGAA